GUCUCCUCCUCUCUCUUCCCGCGUCGCCAUGCAGCGCUCACGUUAAUCUACCGCACGGUUACCGGCGGGAGGCGAGCGUCCCGUCUGCCCAGGAUGCGGCCUCACUCCGGCUGAACCAGAGACCCGACUGGGAUCGGGACUCGGCUCUCUUCGGCCACAGCGGAUGUAUGUGGACGUUGCAGUCCGGGUUUGACUACAGGGCGCCUGCGUCGCCAGCUGUUGCUUGCAUGGAGAGAAGUGGCGCCAACAGCAGGAGGAAACGGCAGAAGGAUGCGGUGACGUUAUAGAAAGGACCACCACCCGUCCCACCGGAGCCGGGGGACGAAUGCGAGCGGACGCUAUCAUCGAGUCUUUGCGUGUUUUAUGCUUAUAGUCGGUGUUGGAGUAAGCGUACCGAUGGAGAAAUCUACACCGCCACCCCAGCCCCAGAACCCCCAGCCCGGGGUCCAGGUCCUGCCUCAGGUCCAAGUCCCGCCCCUGCCCCAGCUCCCGCUCCAGCUGUCCAUCACCAAGACCGACAGUCCGGCGGAGGACAUCUCCAACGUGAGCGAGGAGGAGCUGACGCGGUGGACCAAGGAGGAGCUGGCGCGGCGGCUGAGGCGCUCCGAGGCGGACAAGAUGAGCGUCAUCCUGGACCACGGGAACCUCAUCCGCGAGGUCAACCGCAGCCUGCAGCUGCACCUUAACGAGAUCCGCGGGCUGAAGGACAUCAACCAGAAGCUGCAGGAGGAUAACCGCGAGCUGCGGGACCUGUGCUGCUUCCUGGACGACGACCGUCAGAAGGGGAAGCGCGUGUCACGGGAGUGGCAGCGGCUCGGCCGCUACAGCGCCAGCAUCAUGCGCAAGGAGGUGAGCCUGUACCUGGGCAAGCUCCAGGAGCUGGAGCAGCGGCAGGACGAGGUGGUGAGGGAGAACCUGGAGCUCAAGGAGCUGUGCCUGCUGCUGGACGAGGAGAAGGGCUCCGGGCCGGGGCCCCCGGGGCCCGGGGGGGGCCUGGCCCCGGGGGUCCCUGGGCCGGGCUGCCGCGGCUCCAUGGACAGCCAGAGCAGCCUGCUCACGGUGCCCGGGGCCCCCGGGCUGCUCCUGAGGGACGUGGGCGACGGCAGCAGCACCUCCAGCGCCGGCUCGGCCGACAGCUCGGACCACGCCCACCAUAGGGCGCCCCCCCGCCACGCCGCCGCCGGCCUGGGCGUGGCGGGGGGGGGGGAUAAAGGCAGCCCCGAGCCCCCCCGUAAGCCGCGCUGCAGCAGCAUCAGCGGGAUGGCGGGCGGGGGGGAGCCGGGCAGCCCGGACCACCCGGCGGGACGCCACCGCAGCACCAGCCUGGAGUACCCCUACGUCCUGCCGCCCCCCCGGCCCCGCUGCGGCUCCGUGUCGGACCACCGCGUGAUGCGGGGGCUGAGCCCCGAGAAGUACGGCCGCGCGGUGGGCCGCCGCAGCCCGGAGCAGCCCCCCAAGCACUACGGCUCCGACCUGCUGCUGGGGCCCAAGGGGCACCUGCACGGGCCGGGGGGGGGCAGCGGCGAGCUGUACCCCCCCCGGCACCACCGCAGCAGCCUCAGCGAGCCCCGGCACCCGGAGGGCGGGGGCAGCCCCGAGACGCACCGCCACCUGUACGCCCUCAGCCCGGACCACCACGGGAAGUACGGCCCCCCCCCCGGGAGGGACGGCGCCCGGAGGGGGCCCGCCGCCGAGGAGCUGUCGCCGCACCACAGGGGCGUCUACAACGGGAUGAACGUGGUCCUUAGCUCCCAGUUCACUGAUCUCCACUCUAAAGUCAACCCGGACGGCCAAUCAGAGCCGCUGCACUGGACAUGA